AUUGUCCCGUUCAUGGUUGAGCAACAACCUAUCUGUGAAAAAGCAAUAUACAAGAAGAAAUUCAAGGUCAUCCACACCUCCUUUAAACCCAGCCAAGGACUCGACAGCUACGAAAGAUAAAACCUCUCAUUUCGCAUACAGUUCUCACGUUCACGCUUUUUACCGAUAGAUUACGCAGUUGACCAAGAAGAAUAGUUUGCAUACCAAAAUUUCCGACUUCACAGACUCCGAAAGUAAAAACAAAGGGGGGCUCGAUUGACGAAGGAAAUAAAUGAUAUAAUGAGAGAACGGGAACUUAUAAGUAGGAUAGGAUUGUAUCGAAAAUGCCAGUUGAAAUGACGGACGGUUGAGUUGUUCAACCACUUUACGGUUCUUCGGAAUAUGUGAUUUUGUGCGAGGUGUCGCUGGACGAUUCUCGUCCUUUCGAUAGUGUUGUUCCUAUAAUCAUGGAUAAUUCGGAUGUUAUAUCGAAACGUGGUGAUGUCUUCUGCAAGGGACCAUUGCUGCAUACAGUGCAAAUGUCGAAAAUCUUCGAGGACUCCAAGACGUUCGUGGACAUGAAGAUGAGACACCCACCGCAGAAAAUCCUGGACAAAUUCGAAAACUUAAUGCUCAAGACGCUGUCGAGUCCUACGGAUCAACAAGUGAAACAAUUCGUCGUGGACAAUUUCGAAAAGAGUGAAGUGGAGUUCGCCAACUGGCAUCCAAAGGACUGGAAGGAGAAUCCAGGUUUCCUCAAGAAUAUCAACAAUAACGAGUACCGUGAGUUCGCUUGUGCCUUGCAUGAAUUGUGGAAAGAUUUAGGAAGGAAAAUCUCGAAGAAGGCUGAGGAGGAAAUCGAUUGUUCCAGUUUGAUAUGGGUGCCAAAUCCGAUCAUAGUACCUGGGGGAAGAUUCAGGGAGUUCUACUACUGGGAUACCUACUGGAUCAUCCGUGGACUGUUAAUAUCUGAAAUGUUCGAAACGACCAAGGGUAUGUUGAACAAUUUCCUGCACAUAGUGGACCAAUAUGGGUACAUACCGAACGGUGGAAGAAUCUACUACCUGGGAAGAUCUCAGCCACCAACUUUGAUCCCUUCCUUCAAGGUAUACAUGGACGUCGUCAACGACUUGGAUUACCUGAGACAAAGCAUCAACCUCUUAGAGAAGGAAUUCGAUUUUUGGAUGACCAAACGCACGAAACUCAUAAAAUUAGGCGACAAAGAAUACACCCUCGCCACUUACGGAAAUUGCUCCCAAGGCCCAAGACCCGAGUCUUACGCAGAAGAUGUGGGGUCGAUAUCAACGCUGGAGGGAGACGAAGCCAAAUCAUCGUUUUACUCCGAGAUCAAAGCGGCUUGCGAGUCAGGGAUGGAUUUUACCAGUCGAUGGUUUGUCUCUAACGGCACCAAUAAGGGUUCACUCCGGAACAUCAAGACUACCUCCAUCAUCCCCGUGGAUCUGAACGCCAUACUCUACAGCAACGCCGUCACCCUUUACGAAUUCAACAAGCAGUUGCAGAAUUUCGAAAGGGCUGAUUAUUACAGGGGGAUAUCGGAGAGGUGGCUGGAAGCUGUUGAGGCUGUGCUCUGGCAUGAAGAUGUUGGAGUUUGGUUGGAUUUUGACCUGGAGAAUGGCGUGAGAAGGGAUUAUUUCUAUGCUUCCAAUUUGACACCUCUCUGGGCUGGUUGUUACAGCAGGGAUGCCGACAGUAAAGUUGUAGAGAUGGCGUUGAACUAUCUUCAUAGGAACGACAUACUGAAUUACCCUGGUGGAGUGCCUCAGAGUUUAGAACCUACAGGGGAGCAAUGGGACUUCCCAAAUGCAUGGCCACCUUCACAACACAUACUCAUUUUCGGGCUGAGAAGAACCCAAAAUCCACGGGCGCAAACAAUGGCGGAAGAACUGGCUAAAAAAUGGUUGAACACCAAUUACCAAGCCUAUUUGAAAACGCAUCAUAUGGCAGAAAAAUAUGACGCCUCCUUGGUUGGGCACUCAGGAGGUGGAGGAGAAUACAGGGUACAGUUUGGUUUCGGAUGGACCAACGGCGUGGUCCUGGAUAUACUGGUCAACUUCUUCAGCGACAUGUGAAAAAGAUCAGCUACUUAGAUUGUGGAGAAAGAAUUGACAAUGUACAAAUAUAACUUUUAUACAUCACAAAUCAGAAUAAAAACGUUAUUUCAAAAUA